AUGGGUGCAGCGGAGAUUCAGGUUCCAAGUUCAGACCUUGCUGAAACGUCUGCCCCUCAUUUGAUGCUGUUGUUUCCCAAGCCCAACAAACGUUUGCAAAAUGUUUGUUGCAUCUCAGGUGAAGAGGAGUUGGAGACGCUUCUUUCCAAAGAUGGUUUCAAAGAGGAUGGUCAGGUUCGAUGGCUCCUUUCUCAAGUCAAGAUCGCCCUGGGCCACCUGAAAGAUGACAAGGUGAAAGAGACUGUUGGAUUCACCAUGGCUUCUGACGCAGAGAAGAUGAUUGACGCCAAGAAGGAACAAGAUGCCGAGGAUGAAUAUCAUGAAUGCUUGCGAAAACGCUGGCGCGAGGACGAGGGCAUGUUUCCUGACCAUUGUAGCUCUUUGCCGAAAAGACUUCGGCAUGUAGGAGAGACGACGUUUAGCUUUCUUGCAAGUGCUUCUGACUAG